UGUUUUUGCAACAUGCAUUAUACAGCCACCACCACCAGCUUGGGAGAGUCGCGCCGCCAUGUCCGCGCUUCCGCAAGAUGUCCCGCCGGCCGACGAGACUGAUGACCAGUACCUUGCGGCCCAGAAGCACGCUCUCCUUCUUGUGCAAGAUGGCCAAGUUGCAGAAGCCGACCGGUUCCUGCAAACCAGAGGGUACACACAUCGACUGGCCACGGCCGUGCUGCAGUACUCGUUUCCGGGAGCUCCAGUUGCUGCGACUACACUAGCGUAUACGUCGGACAGUCCCUCGAUCGAUCCACGCCCGUUUGUGUGUGCCGCGGACAAUGCGCUCCCUCCAGCCAUGCUCGCGUUCAUGCAACACGCUUUGUCGUCGUCGCACUCGCCGUUUUGGAAAGCCCAUCAAUACUCCGUCGACCCUCCGUCGCCGUAUUUCAGCUACGUCCAUGACCUGUCGCAGCCGCGUGUGUCGGGCCUUGACGACGUCGUCCAUUACCUGAAAGAACUGGCACAGGCACGAGUCCCUGCUGUCAAACGCGCCAAGUUUGCCGAGUGGUGGACCCAUUGCCGCCCGCACGAUUCGGGCCACCAGUUCCACUUUGACAGUGCGGACGAAGGCCGUGGUGGCGUGCGCAAUCCCAUCGUCUCGACUGUCAUGUUUCUCGAAGCGCCGUGCGGCGGGCCAACGGUGGUGACCGACCAGAGCUUUGGCAUGCCAAAGUUGGGCCGCCACGGCUGGCUCGUUCACCCGAACGAGAAUCGUUUCGUCGUGUUCAAUGGGAAAGUUCUCCACGGCGUUGUUCCUGGACGCCCUGGUGGCGAUCACUCGAAAGCAGCAAACGAUGCCACACCACCACGUCGCGUGACGUUCAUGGUCGCGUUUUGGGACUUUGACGUGCGACAACUACCACCGCCAGCCGGGGAGCGUCCGGGGAGUGCCAUGCCUCUGUCAUGGAAUGCAGACGAAGCCAGGGAGCCCGAAUGGAAGCGGCGUUUUCUACCAAGGUGCGUUGUCCCCGACAGCCGUGACGACGCUUUGAUCGAAGUGAUACCUGUGACCCUGCCGCGCGUGUGGGAAAGAACAAAUGGCCUUCCUUUGGACAACAAAAUGCCCGCCUACGACGGGUGCUUCCAGGGGUUUUAAGAUGCUUCGCUUGCCACGAGGGACGCAUCGACCUGACAGGAGGACUUGUAUGGAAACGAAUACUAGACGGCAUCACGCGAGUUCGCUGGUCCGACGCGUCCCGACCAUCCAUUCAUUAUUCAAAAUAGUCUCGAAGGAGCUCAAUGAAUUCGGGGAGCUCGA